AAUUAAUAAUAAGCGCUCUCUGGACACCCCCACCGAAGCGGAGGGCGGAAACAGCGGCCCCCCCACCCCGCGCUCUCGCUGCGACACAAAUCCCCCCAACACGAUAUAAUAAUAACCGCCUCCCCCAUUACCCCCUCCUUCUUCCCUUCCCCUUUUCCAUUCCCAUUCCCAUUCCCAUUCCAUUCUCCACCCCCAAAACCCAAAAAAAAAAAAAAAAGAAAAAAGAAAAAAAAGAAAGGUAAAGAGAGAGAGAGAUCAGGAGAUGGAGCAGAAGCACAUAGUGAUGUCGGCGAUCGGCGUGGGGCUGGGCGUGGGAGUGGGGCUGGGGCUGGCGUCCGGCCAGACGGUCGGGCGGUGGGCGGGCGGCGGGGCGGCGCGGCCGGCGGCCGGCGUGACGAGCGAGAGCGUCGAGAAGGAGCUGCUCAGGCUCCUCGUCGACGCCACGGAAAGCAAAGUUACUUUCGACCAGUUUCCCUACUACCUCAGUGAGCACACUCGCGUCGUAUUGACAAGUGCAGCUUAUGUUCACUUAAAGCAAGGAGAUUUUUCUAAGUACACCAGAAACCUUUCUCCGGCAAGUCGGGCUAUUUUACUGUCAGGCCCUGCAGAGCUUUAUAAGCAAAUGCUUGCAAAGGCGCUAGCUCAUUAUUUUGAGGCGAAGUUGCUUUUGCUGGACGUAACCGACUUUUCACUUAAAAUUCAGAGCAAAUAUGGCAGUGGUGUUGCAGAUUCCCCCCUUAGAAGGUCCAUUUCUGAAAUUACGCUAGAACGGAUGUCUGAUUUUCUCGGAUCUCUUUCAAUCAUUCCCCAGAAAGAGGAAGCAAAAGGAUCAUUGCGCAGGCAAAGUAGUGGCAUGGACAUCAGGUCAAAGGAAUUAGAAGGCACAAGCAGCAUGACAAAGCUCCGAAGGAAUUCCUCUGCUUCAGCUGAUAUUUUUAGUCUGUCCUCACAGUGCUCUCCUGCUAAUCCAGUUCCUACCAAACGCACUAGCAGUUGGUCGUUCGAUGAGAAACUUCUAAUUCAAUCACUUUAUAAGGUUCUAGUUUCGGUGUCGAAAAGGAAUCCAAUUGUCCUUUACAUCAGGGAUGUCGAGAGACUUCUGUUGAGAUCCCAAAGAAUGUAUAUUUUGUUCCAGAAGUUGUUGAAAAAGCUAGAAGGACCAGUACUUGUGCUUGGUUCAAGUAUGGCGGAAGCAGAAAAAGACUAUCCAGAAAACGAUGAAAAGAUUUCUCUUUUAUUUCCUUACAACAUAGAAAUUAAGCCACCGGAGGACGAGACCCACCUCGUUAGCUGGAAAUCCCAAUUAGAAGAAGACAUGAAAAUGAUCCAAUAUCAAGACAACAGAAACCACAUCACUGAGGUGCUGGCAGCAAAUGACCUUGAUUGCGACGAUUUGGGAUCGAUCUGUGUAGCAGAUACAAUGGGUCUGGGCAAGUACAUAGAAGAGAUUGUGCUAUCUGCUGUUUCAGAUCAUUUGAUGAAUAACAAGGACCCGGAGUAUAGAAACGGAAAAUUAGUUAUAUCUUCAAAGAGCUUAUCUCGUGCAUUACAUAUUUUUCAUGAGAACAAGCUAGGUGACAAAGAUACUUUGAAGUUGGAAGCAACCGAUCGAUCAAAGGUACCCCAAAAUGAUAAUGCAGCUGUGCCGAAGCCGGAGACAAAAGCUGAGGCUGCUCCUCCUGAAACUUGUCCUCCGGAAAAUAAAACAGAUACAGCGAAACCGGUCACAGCGGUAAAAGCAGAAGGUUCUUCACCACUUCCAAAAGCACCUGAACUUGCUCCUGACAACGAGUUUGAAAAGCGAAUCAGGCCGGAAGUGAUCCCUGCAAGCGAAAUUGGCGUUACAUUCGACGACAUAGGCGCCUUAGAUGAUAUCAAAGAAUCCCUUCAGGAGCUCGUCAUGCUGCCCCUCCGAAGGCCCGAUCUCUUUAAAGGCGGCCUCCUCAAGCCGUGCAGAGGAAUAUUGCUAUUCGGUCCGCCUGGAACGGGAAAGACGAUGCUUGCCAAGGCCAUAGCAAACGAAGCUGGAGCAAGUUUCAUAAAUGUUUCCAUGUCCACUAUCACAUCAAAGUGGUUCGGAGAAGAUGAGAAAAAUGUUAGAGCUUUGUUCACCCUUGCCGCGAAGGUCUCGCCAACUAUUGUUUUUGUAGAUGAAGUGGAUAGUAUGCUUGGUCAGCGAAGUAGGGUCGGAGAGCACGAGGCGAUGAGGAAGAUAAAGAAUGAGUUCAUGGCUCAUUGGGACGGGCUCUUGACAAAGCCAGAAGAAAGAAUCCUUGUUCUUGCUGCGACGAACAGGCCUUUCGACCUCGACGAAGCGAUUAUUAGGAGGUUUGAGCGCAGGAUAAUGGUUGGCCUGCCGUCAUUGGAGAGCAGGGAAUUGAUACUUAGAACACUUCUCUCUAAAGAGAAGGUUGACGAAGGGCUCGACUAUAAGGAACUUGCGACCAUGACCGAAGGGUAUAGUGGUAGCGAUCUAAAGAAUCUAUGCACAACAGCAGCUUAUCGGCCUGUUAGGGAGCUAAUCCAGAAAGAAAGAGUCAAGGAGCUGGAGAGGAAGGAGGCUGAAGCACGAGAGAAUCCAUCAGAGCCUUCAAAAACGACAGGGGAAAAUGCGGAAGAAGCGCCAAUCCUCAGGCCAUUAAAUAUGGAAGACGUGAGGCAAGCGAAGAAUCAAGUCGCAGCAAGUUUUGCCGCGGAGGGUUCUAUAAUGAGCGAGCUGAAGCAGUGGAACGAAUUGUACGGUGAAGGGGGUUCGAGGAAGAAGCAGCAAUUAACAUACUUCCUCUGAGUUCUCAUAUAAGUACUCGCAAAAUAUACAUGCAUAGUAUUGGAAUUAGGAUAAUGGUGAUCUCCGCUGCAAACACUCGAGAUGACAGCAGCUUCAAGCUCAUGGAAUAAGAAAACACGAAACAUGAUGAACAUAUCAGGCCAAGUACUUGAUGUUUUGUAGAGCCCUGUAGGUAAGCGAAAAGUAUACUUUGCAGAGCAUUGAUGGAUGAUAAUGUCCUGCUAAAAUUACUGUUACUGUAGGAGCCCGUAAAGCUGAUGUUAUUUCUAUGUUGUAGGUUGGUGUCAUGCUUUUAGAUGAAUACUGUUGUUGUGCAAAAGUUCAGCGGAAUGCAUUGCUUGGCUAGCUGUUUAAUAAAUCUUGAUCUUCCUUUACAUC